UCGUGUCUUUUUUCCGUGUCCGUGGGUUGAUCGAUCCCCGAUGAAAGUCGGACCCGUCCACCGUUCUGUCGUGCUCUACUGAUGUCCUGACGGGGUGUUUUGCCGAUGGAAAUCUAGGCAGGUUUUAGGUGCUAGCAAAAUUCCUACAUAUAGUGUUCCGAAGUUCCCACCCCACUUACACGAGGGGCCUAUGAGUCAUAUCUAUCUAUUCUUCGUUGGAAUUUAGAGCCGAACACGGGUGUGAGAGAAAUCUGCGAUGGUAGCGCAGUGGAAAAAAAGGUUCAGCGUAGUGAUUUCGGGGUGCCACCUGAUUCUGCGAGACCAGAAGAUUCCAUCGAUUAUGCAGCUGAGUGGCAUUUGAAACAAACGUGAAAGUGUAACUACGAACGAAAACUGAGUGAGCAAAAAAUUACAGACCCAGAAGAAACAGUGAUUUCGAGACAAAAGUAGUGUGUUCGCUUACUAGAAAAUGGCUUCCAUCUAGCAGCUGAACCAUCGUGGUGCCCGUGUACGAAAAAAGCUGAAGCGAAAAAGUGAAAAUAAUUUUUCCCUCUACAGAUCAGUUGAAAAUUGUGCAGCAGAAAACUGGACAUUGACGGGUGUUACGUAUUAUGAAGGAAAAAAAAUCCAAGGACUGUGAAGGACUCGUGUGUGCAUUAUAGUGCAAAAAACAGUGUGGCAACACGGGACGAAUCGAGUGUAAGAGAGUGUGAAAAUUUCGAAUCGAUCGAGACGACCGAUAAUAACUAGCUAACUAACGGAGGGCGGCGAGUGUCGAUCCGAUGAAAUGGUGAAUCGCUGUGAAAAUGUGGAGCUGCUGCUAGACAAGGUCGACUCAUUUCCCCUAGAUCAGCAGUCAAUCGAAAUACCGGAGACGGAGUGCUCGGACAGUUGCGAGAACGAAGUCGACAUGGAUGAGUCGGACAGUUGCGACAACGAUGCCGACGAUAAUGAGGAUUCGGAAGAUGACGAAGAGGACGACGGCGAUAUUCACAGUACUGUCGUGACGGGUAAAUUUCUGCUGGAGAACGACGACGAUAUCGAUCAUGACAGUGGUAGCGGUGGUGGCAGCGGCACCGGCGGUGGUGGAGGCGGCGGGAGUGGUUCACACGAUAAGAAAGCCCGCCUCGAAGCCCUGCUGGAAGCAGCAGAUGAAGCAGCCCAAGCCCUCACCCGCAUGCGAUCGAGCGAAGGUGGCGGUAGCCCACGGGACAAGAAAAAUGCUCUUCGUAAUUUCAGCUUGCUCUCGCGCUCGCUGCUCGCCGCCUGUACCGAUAACGACGUCAACACCGUCCGGCGGUUACUGGGCGAGGGCAACUCGCUGAAUGAGGCCACCGACGAUGGCGAUUCGUUGCUGUCGCUGGCCUGUUCGGCCGGUUACUACGAGCUAGCACAGGUCCUACUGGCAAUGUCAGCGCAGGUGGAAGAUCGAGGUCAGAAAAACGACUGCACCCCGUUGAUGGAGGCGGCUUCGGCCGGACAUGUGGAAAUCAUCGGGCUACUACUGAAGCACGGUGCGGACGUGAACGCUCAGUCAUCCACUGGCAACACACCGCUUAUGUAUGCCUGCGCAGGAGGACACGAAGAAGCGGUCAAGGUACUGCUUAAUCAUGGAGCCAACGUAGAGGACCACAACGAGAACGGUCACACACCCCUUAUGGAGGCAGCCUCGGCUGGGCACGUGGGAGUUGCUAAGAUCCUACUGGAGCACGGUGCCGGCAUUAAUACGCACUCGAACGAGUUCAAAGAAAGUGCGCUAACGCUGGCCUGCUACAAGGGUCACCUGGACAUGGUUCGAUAUCUGUUGGAGGCUGGUGCUGAUCAGGAGCAUAAAACUGAUGAAAUGCAUACAGCACUGAUGGAAGCGUCGAUGGACGGUCACGUGGAGGUCGCUCGGUUGUUGUUGGACUCCGGUGCCCAGGUCAACAUGCCGACGGACUCGUUUGAAUCACCUCUUACCCUGGCGGCUUGUGGUGGUCAUGUCGAUCUAGCGAUGCUGCUGAUUGAGCGUGGUGCCAACAUCGAGGAGGUCAACGACGAAGGUUACACUCCACUGAUGGAAGCGGCGAGAGAGGGACAUGAGGAGAUGGUGGCAUUACUAUUACAACAAGGUGCCAAUAUUAAUGCUCAAACGGAGGAAACUCAAGAAACUGCCCUAACGCUUGCAUGUUGUGGAGGAUUUGUGGAGGUGGCCGAUUAUCUGAUCAAGCACGGCGCUGACAUCGAACUCGGAGCGUCUACACCGCUGAUGGAGGCAGCCCAGGAAGGACAUAUCGAUCUGGUGCGAUUCCUUCUAGAGAACCGGGCGGAUGUGCAUGCGCAGACUCAAACGGGCGACACCGCACUGACGUACGCUUGCGAGAACGGUCACACUGAGGUGGCGGAUAUUCUGUUGUACUACCGGGCUGAGCUGGAGCAUGAAUCCGAAGGAGGUCGGACACCACUGAUGAAAGCUUGUCGUGCUGGUCACUGGUGUAUUGUCAAGUUUCUCAUCGAGAAGGGAGCGGACGUCAAUCGACACACGACGAACAACGACCAUACACCGCUAUCUCUGGCUUGUGCUGGUGGUCAUCAGAAUAUCGUCGAACUGCUAUUGAAGAAUGUGGCUGAUCCCUUUCAUAAGCUUAAGGAUAACAGCACGAUGCUAAUCGAAGCUGCCAAAGGUGGACACAUCGGAGUGGUACAGCUUUUGCUGGAUUUUCCGCAUUCGUUAAUCAGCGCUAAUACAGCAGCUCAGCAAAACCUCCUAAACAAUGGCCAAAUUCAGCUUCAGCAGGCGCAGCAACAAUUGCAGCAACAGCAACAGGCCGCCCAGCAGCAACAGUUGAUAAUAACCCAAAAUCAACAACAGCAACUUCUUGCCGCACCACCCGGACUGGUUCCUGUUCCAGAAUCCCUUCGUGUUUCUAACAAGCAAAUGUUCCAGCAGCAUCCCUCAAAGGAUGGGCUUGACCAACAGCAACAACAACAGCAGCAGCAACAGCUUCUGGCCAACAAUCAGAUGUUGGCGAAUCCAAACGUUUUCCUAGAUGGAAACAUUGCUUCCGCUGACCCCUCAAUCCUCGCCCAAAUGAGACUGAUUCAGAUGCAGGGCUUCAAACACGGUCUCGCUCAUGGUCUUUCGCGAGCUCCUGGCCAACCGCAACAACAACAACAGGCAAUCCUCUCCCAGCAAAUCCCUUCCUCCCUUAUAACAGCUGCCCAUCAGCAGCAACAACAAUACGAACAACAACAACAACACCAACAACAACAGCAGCAACAACUUAUCCUUAACAACUUAGCAACAGCACAACAGCAAGCUGUCGGUCCUGCUGCCAAUAAGCAGCGUAGUUUACUUCGAAAGAAACAACAACCGGCCGCACCGGCUCCUGGAACCCAACAGCAGCAACCAAUGGCGUUCGAAACGAAUCUUACCAGCUCGGAAGCGCAGCAGGUACGCAGCGAACCCAUUGGCGAGGAUAACGGUAGCGGGGGUAAUAGCAGCAGUGCUGCCACGCAGCAACAGCGAGCGGGUGUGGUAAUGCGUUCCGAUUACGAGAUCCAGUAUCAGAGACAGAUGCGAGAAAUGUAUCAGAAGUCGCAGAAAGCGAACAUUCAAUUCAUCUGUGACUCGAAUGGUCCGCCUCCGACGCUGUUGCCGCCCACCGGAACCUAUAUCGAUAUUACUACGCCAGCUCAAGGCUUGAUAUGUGGCACUGCCGGCGGUAUGAGUUUCACGACCCCGAAUGGGACCCCAUUGCUCGGGCCGAUGCCGAUGGUCGGUACUGGCCAGCAGCAAGCCCCGAACGGUCUUGCCACCAUCAUUCCAGGAGGAAAACCAUCUGAUAGUGGUCUAGUUAUUGCAACAUCAUUGCCAACGACACUGCAGCAGCAACAACCGCAACAGCAGACGUCAUUACAUCUUGCGGCACACACGAAUACGGUUCCAUCCGGUUCAGUGGCAACAUCAUCUGGCAGCAGCGGAACACACCUGACCGGUCCAUCGGAAGUAUCACAGAGUACUGCCAUCAGUGAUCGACCGAAGGUAAAACCCGUCUCGAAGAAGGAUGCCAAAAACAAUCGCAAGUCGGCUGCCGCAGCAGCAGCAGCAGCUGUCGCAGCCCAGCAACAUCAGGCAGCUGGCCAGCAGCAACCGGUAUGGCCUAAUACGCCGACCGCUCUACAGCAGAAUCAAAUGGUGUCAAUUUAUAACAACUUGUCUGUGAUUCCAAACGCCGAGCAGAAUGUUCAGGUCCUACAGCAAUCGCUUUCGAACCUUAGUCUUCAGUCGCCCGUGGGUUCAGUUGCUGGCAGUUCCGGUGCGCAAACCAAACAGCAGCAACAACAACAACAGUCAGCGAUCGCAGGUAACCGUACCAGCUUUUCACAGACCAAGCCACCACCACCGACACUAGCAGCGAUUCCUUCGAGCAACAACAUGGUUCCUACGUCCAGUCUGUCAGUGAUUACCAGUGCUGCAGCAGCCGCAGCCGGGACGAUCACAUCUGUGCCAGCGAAUGUAAUUCAAACUACGAAUAAUCUUAUUAGUCAGCUCGAUCAGCAGACACUAGAACUAACCAAUUCUUCGUCGGUGGCUGGCGCCGCGAAUGCCACAAGCACUACGACCAGUAGCGCUGCGAGCAGCCAGAGCGGUGGAAGUAGCUCCGCAGGUAGUAGCAGCAGCAGUGCUAGUGGAAGUAGCAGUAGCAGCAGCAGCUCCAGCUCAAGCGGUAGUAGUAGCACCACAACGACGACCAGUAGCAACAAUAGUGGUGGAACGGUCAGUGGAAUCGGCGUGGGAGGUGCAUUGGGAGGAAGCAGCAGUGGUCACAGUUCUGAACACGAGAACCAACUGAAUCAGCUUGCCCUCAACACGUUGUGCAAUCAGAAAAUGUUGCAAAAGAUCGCUCAACGUUUCAUGGUCGAUCCACCGAAAUCACCCCCAGAUACGCCUCCACUAAGCUGCUCCAAUCCGGAUGGUCCCUCGUCACCACCGCCCAGUGGUAAAGGAUUAGCCAACAAUGCCGAGCUAGCCGAUCUGUCCCGUAUUUUCUGCGAAGUGAUGCACGACUUCCGUUCCGAUCUACUACCAACGCCGGAGUUUGUCCAGGUGCAUCAACAUGUUUCCAACAUCAUCCAGCACAAGGCUGGUAGUAAUCAAAUUAAGCUCAGUGAAGGUGACGGUCAUCAUCAGUACGUGGAGGACGGAGACGAACAUCUGCAGAUGUUCAACAUCGACGACUCGGAGAACGAAACUAUGUCCGAGUGUGUGGGAGGCAUCUACCCGACGUUGGAUGAGUCGCUUGAAACAUUUAACCCGGAGGACGGUUCGGUAGUUGCCGCCGACGGCUCCCGGGAAACGAUCUACAACUACGAAUGGGUCGAGUGUAUCGAUGAAGUUAUUCACGCUCUGAACGGGUGCACCGAUAUACCGGUGGCUUUGCAGGAAAUGGCUGCUAACCUUAGCUGUCAGGAUAUCGACGCGUACGCCAAUUUGAUCGGAAUGAACUCAUUCUGUAAGACGCGUUGGGCCGGUAAUCAAAGCCAGCUCACCACCUCCGGUACGUCGUCGCCGAUCGAGGAGGACGGCAGUAACAUCAACCUGUCCGAGGCGGCCGUAGAGCAGUGCGGCUUUCGGCAGACCACUGCCGCUGGCCAGGCAGCCGCCGGUCAGCUGAUGGCGUUCGAUCCAAACCAGCAGAUAUCACUCGAUCAGCUACAGUUGCUCAGUCAGUUACAGGCAACUACUACCGCCUCGGGAGCAACCGUUUUACACCAUCCACCGGGUGGUGCGGCAGGAAUGUCCGGAGCAACCACCGGCGAUGGGCAGCAGCCCAAGUUCGUGUUUAACGUUGAUGCGGAUAAAUCCUCGCAGGUUCAUUUGCUGUUUCAGCUGCCCACAGCUCAGCAACAGCAGCAGCAGCAACAGCAACAACUGCAGCUUACCCAGGAACAGCUCGAUCAGCAUACAAUCGGCGGUCAGUGUAAUGUGACGCUCCAGCAGGCGGCCGCCCUCCAACAGGCACAACUACAACAGCAGGCAGCAGCCGCCGUUCAGCACCAACAACAACAGCAGCAGCAACAACAACAGCAACAGCAGUUCCAGUCACCAAAUAUCGUUCAUCCCAGUUCUGUGAUUCUGGCUCAACAGCAACAAGCCCAGUCGGCGCAGCAGCUGCAGCAAUUGCAUGCCCAGGCCCAGGCAGCACAUUGCACCCAACAUGCGCAGGUACAGGUUGCUACGCAAACCCAGCAACCGCAGACGGGUGGACUGUUGAUACCACGUCAGCAGAGCCCACAGACUGUGGAUACAGCAACAUCAACCGGGGGCAAAGUUGGCGCUAAGAAAACCGACAAAACUCGCAAGGAAAAGAACAGACUAGCAGGAGUGCGACAAGCCCCAGCCGGUCAGCAGAGUACUGUCGCCGGAGGAUACCAGUUCGAAGCUAGUCCAACACCGGCCCCGAUCCAGUAUCCGGCGGCCAUUCCAACUAAUGUCGUACAAGAGCGACAGAUCGAUGUGGACUCCGAAACCGAUUCUAAUCACGAUACUGCCCUUACGCUAGCCUGUGCCGGUGGUCACGAAGAACUGGUCGAGUUACUCAUCAGUCGCGGGGCCAACAUCGAACACAAAGACAAGAAGGGUUUCACUCCGUUGAUUUUGGCGGCAACGGCCGGUCACGAAAAGGUCGUCGAAACUCUGCUUCGACAUGGUGCAGAAAUGGAAGCCCAAUCCGAGCGGACCAAAGACACACCACUAUCGUUGGCCUGCUCCGGCGGUCGGUAUGAAGUGGUAGAACUGCUUCUCAAUAUGAAUGCCAACCGGGAACACCGGAACGUUUCUGAUUACACCCCACUUAGCUUGGCGGCCAGCGGUGGCUAUGUGAACAUCAUCAAACUACUGCUUAGCCACGGGGCAGAAAUUAAUUCGCGAACUGGUAGCAAGUUGGGAAUCAGCCCUCUGAUGUUGGCCGCAAUGAAUGGUCACACGGCAGCUGUAAAGUUGCUGUUGGAUAUGGGUUCCGACAUCAAUGCUCAAAUCGAGACAAAUCGGAAUACGGCACUAACACUUGCUUGUUUCCAAGGUCGACACGAAGUGGUUAGUCUGCUGUUAGAUCGCAAAGCGAACGUUGAACAUCGAGCCAAGACUGGACUGACGCCACUGAUGGAAGCUGCAUCCGGUGGAUACAUUGAAGUCGGUCGCGUCCUGUUAGACAAAGGAGCAGAUGUCAAUGCAGCUCCAGUUCCUUCGUCUCGAGAUACUGGUUUAACAAUUGCCGCCGACAAGGGGCACAUAAAAUUUGUUGAGUUGUUACUUUCCCGCGGAGCAGCCGUCGAGGUGAAGAACAAGAAAGGUAACUCUCCACUCUGGCUGGCUGCCAAUGGUGGUCAUUUGGCCGUAGUUGAAGUGCUCUGCAAUGCCGGAGCAGAUAUUGACUCGCAGGAUAAUCGAAAGGUGUCGUGUCUGAUGGCUGCUUUCCGUAAAGGUCACACCAAGGUGGUCAAGUGGAUGGUAAAUCAUGUAACGCAAUUCCCCUCAGAUCAGGAAAUGACACGUUACAUCAGUACCAUCAGCGAUAAGGAUCUGCUGGAAAAGUGUCACGAUUGUGUAAAGAUUAUUCGAGCUGCAAAGGAUCAGCAAGCUACGAAAGCAAAUAUUAACGCUUCAAUUCUGCUGAAAGAAUUGGAUCUAGAGCGAAGCAGGGAGGAAAGUCGUAAGGCCGCAGCUGCUAAACGGCGUGAGCGUAAAAAGCGUAGAAAGGCGGAAAAACGUGAACAACAGCGGAAGUUAGUGGAAGGCGAUAGCAAGGCGGGUAACAGCGAUGACGACGAUGAUGGGGACGAUGAUAAGGAUGAUGAUAAUGAUAGUGAUCAUGAUGACGAAGACAUUGUCAGCAUCCCAAUGCUUAGCAUUGUAGCAAAUCGUUCCGUUGCUGCUGCAAGCAGCAGAAUACAACCUCGCGAUCAUCACAGCUCCUCUAUCGCUGUUGCCGCAAACAAUGUUAAUUCAACUGCACCAACCAACGACAAGGAGGAGGGAGACUCCGGCAUCGAUGCAAACAGUCAAGGGUCGUGCUCCAGUUCGGAUGUAAAAUCGUCCAGUUUGAUUGAACAGCAGAGAAAGAACAACAAAAAACGCAAACAACAGCAACAGCAGCAACACCAACAAUCUCGGGCAAGUUCUGCUAUAACGACCAAAGUUGCUCAUGCCAAACAACAGCAGCAGCAACAACAACAACAGCAACAGCAGCAGCAACAACAACAACAUCAAUCCCAGUAUACAAAUCAACAAAUGCGACAGAGCAACAGUCCGGAUAGUACGACAACGACGGCUAGCAACAGUUCUGUGGUUCAGGAUAAACACCAACAGCAGCAGAAGGAGAAACCUGUUGCAGGCCAACAACGUCGUCAGCAGCUGAGCGACGCAAAACGUGACCAUUACGAAAGCAAACAACGUGAAAAAUUCAUCGAAAAAGAGAAUGUGGCUCCAAAGGAACCAGUAAAAGUUGAUGGAAAACGAGACCACCAUCAAUUGUUGCAACAGCAGCAUCAUCAACAGCAGCAACCACCACAACAGUUGCAACAGCAACACCAACCGUCUCAUCAUGGAAACAGUCAUCAGUUACAGCAACAACAACACCAACAGCAACAAGGUAAUCGUAAAUCUAUCAUCGUGUUUGGCUCCAAUCGACACACGUUGGACAAAGAUGAUCACGAUGGUAGUGAGUCGACUACCUUCUACAACAGCAGCAGCAGUGGCACUAGCAACCAACAGCAGCAGAAGAAAAUGCAUGCCAACAGCAAAACUACGUACUAUCAUAGCGAAGAUCAUCAGCAACAACAGCAGCAGCAGCAAUCGCAGCAAAAAUCGACAAGCCCAACCAAACAGACGAGCGGCGCACAACCGGGUAACAACAGCAUGGUUAGUGCAGUGUUGCAAAACAGCAGCGUAGUUGCCGUCAAACGCGAGGAAGGCUGGAAAGAGGUCGUUCGUAAAAGUUCCGUUCAGCAGAGCCAGUCGGCCCCGAUGGAGUGCAAGAAGGUUCAGGUCCCCGUGCAUGCAAUCUCUCGAGUUAUCGGCCGAGCUGGAAGUAACAUCAAUGCAAUCCGUGCGGCAACCGGUGCCCAUAUCGAGGUGGAAAAACAGGGCAAAGUUCAGGGUGAUCGAUCAAUUACGAUCAAGGGAUCACUGGAGGCUACCAAGCAGGCUCACUCGCUGAUCGCUACCCUGAUCAAAGAUCCGGACGUCGAUAUAUUACAGAUGCUUCCGAAGCAUAACACUGCCAAAAGCAGCUCUUCCUCUGCCCCGCCUGCAUCCGUACAUUCUUCGAUUCCGGCGGGAACGCUAGGAGGAAGUGCCCUUCAAACUGGACCGACAGCACCCACUCUUUCGGCAGUAGUUGCCUCCGGAAAUGUUGCCUCGCUGAUGGGGUCUUCUUCCGGAAUGUCCAAGGGUAAGAAUGUGUUUGUUGCAUCGAAUCCGAACAAACCGGUCACGGCUUCAGCAGUUCUCGCAGCUGCCACCGUGAAGAGCAUGUCUGGAGGCAUACUAAACCGUCCUCCGGCGGCAAAGAAUCUUUUCUCCGGUUCCGGAGGUGGGGUUAACACUUCGCAAUCAUCACGUGUUAUUUCCUCCAACGCUUCAGCAUCAAUGGUAGGAUUGGGAAAAGACGGCAAGCGUUCCGUCACAGCCAACAAUUCUUUAUCUAAAAACGCCUACGCCAGCAUGAUGCAACAAUUGAAGCACUCUAUCAAAAAUUCUGCCAAUAACAAUAACACCCUAGCGACCAGUGGUACCUUUGCCAAACUGGUUGCCGAUAAUGCCGGAGUUUCAUCUGGUUCCUCUACUGUGAAUCACAAAAAGCAAGCCAACAAUAGCCAGGCAACUGGCUCGCUACCUACGAAUGUACCACUUUCAAGUGCUACGAGCAGCAUCAGUACGUCAUCGUCCAACACAGCAAGUGCACCAGUCACAAUUCGUCAACCGGUGCAAAUUCUACAGUCCCCCGCCAAGGGAUUACCCGCCCCAUUCGGAAACUUGGCACAGUCUGCUAACACUAGCAGUAGCAGCAACAGUAAUGUUAUAAACAACAGCAACCUUGCCGUUAGCAAUUCGAUUUAUACAUCCACUUACCUUUCGUCGUCUGGUUCAACCACACUGGCCACUUCUUUGUCCAGUUCGAUCGCAGCAUCCACUCAGCAACAGUCCCAUCUAGCUCCGAUUCAGGCGCCAACCAAAAUAUCCACAUUUAUACCACCGGUCGCAUCAAGCGGUCCCGGUACAACGAUUGUCGAUUCAGCAACACUUCCUACAAUUAGCAGCGCCCCAAUCGCUCCCGUAGGAACUGGUUCCGGCCGAUCAAUUACCCCUAUCGGACAACCACCUGCGGCACGUGGAAAUAUUACCGCCUCACCACUGCUGCAUACGGCAUCUUCGGCAUCGUCAUCGUCCCACCUGGAUUCGUCCUCAGUCGUCGUACCCGCCGCCAUCGGUAGUGGUGUCCCAACGGCUGGCCCGAUUGGAAGUGGCUUAUCAACAAUGGUAUCUUCAUCUACCAGCAACUCAGCAAUCGCUCAGUUACAAUCAAAAAUUAACAAUUUGCAUGCCAAUGCGCAGGCGCAUGAGUAUUCACUAUUUAACGACUCCUAUGGCAGCAGUCAGUGGGGAUCGAAUGGUGGGGCCGGAACAACCGGACCAGGAGCCAGUCAUCUCCAUCAACACCAUCACCAGCAACCGCAGCACCUUCAUCACAGCCACAGCAGCCAUCACCACCACCCGCAUGGUCAUCACGCGGGAGUACUCAGCUCGGUAGGCCACAGCAGCGGUGGUCUGGACAGUGGCACCGCUGGGGCCAGUAAAACCAUCUACAGCCAUCCGCACGGUGUUGGUUCGUCCUUUAUCGAGAAUGAAUCUCCGUUGCAGGUCGAUGCUUCGAAAGCUCCAGGUUAUCGCGGAACUAACGUUUCCUCGCCAGUCAGUUCCAAAACAUCGAGCAAUUCGGGUACACCUCCAUCGGGAUCAUCAAAUUCUUCACUUUCUCAACAACAGCAGCAACAUCAGCAAUCACAUCUGUUAUCCACUGGCCCGCCAACUAGCAGCAGCGGUCCAGUAGGUUCUCUGCAGCAGCAACAACAACAGCAGCAGCAGCAGUCACACGGUGUGGUUCAACAUCAGCAGCAAUCUCAGUCGGUACAAUUUCAGUCGUCAAACGAGCACAACAUCAUGAAGCCACCUCAGCAACAACAGGCUCCACCCAGUGGUCUCGCUGUUCAGCGUCCGCUCAUGAACACAUCCUCUCAAAUACGCCCCAUAGGACCGGUCACGUCGGACUACGGCGGAUUAGUUAGCUCCCGAGAUCAUCCACCGCCUCUGGUAGGAAACUCUCGACCUCCAUCCUCGAUGUUUGAAGCUCUUCAAUCACAGAACCAGCACGUGCUGAACUUUGGUCCAGACCCGUUGCAGUCAUCCUAUCAAAGCCACAUGGGCCUUGGAGCCGGAGGUGGUGGCUUACCACCGAUUUCUCGUUUGAAUCCUAAAGCUUCUGCCUUCUCUGCGAUCCCACCAUCGCAAAAUCACCAGCAAGCGGCUCCAGGAAGCAAACUGUCCUCCGCGAACCAGUACGGAAACAUGUUUCACCCGAAUCCCCCUCCUGGUCCGAUAGGUAAAUAUCAGAACUUACCACCGAACGGAGGUCACCAAAUGCCACCGUACGGUCAAAAUCGUGGCAGCAGUCAACAUGGACCCGCCCCUGUACCUCCUGGCAACCGAGGUGGCGGUGGUGGUGGUGGCGUAAGCGGAACCAAUUGGUUUUCCGAUCUCGCACAUCUUCAGUCGCGCGACAGCCUCAUGAACAUCGAGAACGGAAUCGCAAUGGCCCUGGGAGGAUCGCCAACAAUUUCCCCCAAUAAUAAUAACCAACCAACCGCGAAUGGUAGCGGAUUGGUAGUAGGUGGUCCCCCGGGAGGAUGUCUACCACCACAGCAGGACGAUGGUCGCAAAAUGGCAAGGGCCAUUGGUUCGGAACGUGCCAGCUGGAAGUUCAAUUACGGGUCCAGCGGUGGGGGCAUGGGUGGUGGUAUGGACAAUGAUCCAAGUGCCCUGGCAGCGGCAGCAGCAGCCGCAGCUGGCACCGGCCAUUGGAUGGUAGACAAAAAUCUGGCUGCCAUGGGUGGUGGUGUUGGUGGUGGCGGUGGCGGUGCAGGUGGUGGAGGUCCACAACAAUGGAUGGGUCCGCCACCAAGGCACUUUAUCGACGAUCUGCACUUGCAGGAUCAUUUUCAGCCACUGCAGAUGGAAUACCACAACACACUGGGUGGUAGCGGCGGAGCAGGCGGAAGUGGUCCGAAUCAGGCCAACAUGAAUUUUAUGCAAUCGCUCCAGUAUCAGUUCAUGCCGGGCGGACCGAACGACAUGGGCGGCAAUGAUGGACCGUUGCAGCAGCCGUGGGAGCAUGAGAAGCACGGCUGGCCUGCCAAGUGGAGCGGUCACUAGUAGUUCGGGAGCUACGGAUCGAUGGUCGUUUGUGAGCUGAAAGUGUUUUUUUCUAUUUUGACGAAGGAAUAGUAGUGCAACAAUGGAGCGCCGCAGCACACCGCCCGCCCCAACAACACUGAUCGUAGGUUCUUCUUUGUUUUUGAUUAUGCUUUUGCUUUAAUACACAUACAACAAGUUAGAGUUGAAAAUAGAUGAAAAAGCCAACUAAUUAGAGGAAGUAAAUGAACGAAAAAUGCACAGGCAGGAAAACAACCAACAGCAGCUUCACUUUCGAAGAGGAGAAGCAGUAGAUAUUUUGCUUUAUAUACACACACGCUUUAUGUAGAGAUUAGAGAUCUGGAUAAUAAUACGAAAGAAGGAUAUGUAUAGUUUGA